AUGAAGAAGACAGCGACGGUCCUCAGCUCUUCUGCGAAUGCGUGCGAGGACGAAGAAGAUAGCACUGACGAAGUGGAGAUCGUUCUUCCGACGUCUGUCCGUAUUAUAGAAUCAAAUCGAUCGAUUUUGCGCAAUCCAUUGCCACUGUUGCAAGAGCUGCAACGUAAUGGACAACUGCAGGAACUCACGAUCAUCGAGCAACGCCGUACACUGCCAGUUCAAGAGGGAGCAAAUGGACAUCAACAAAAUGGUGAACAAUUAAAGCAUGUUUCAUUAGCUGCAUCCUCAUCAAGUACCGGACAAAAAACGGACCACAUAUCGAAUGGUGACAGUGUACCGACACAAAACAGUAACGUCGCUCUAACAGAACUAUUGCAGAGCAAAUCCGUUUUCCACCACCAGCCACUUAGCAAUGGUACCACCACCACAAGCCGCGACACCGAUAAACAUCCCGUAGCUGGACCAAAGGCUACGAAGCGGCGUACACGCCGAACCAUGUUGCCAACCGAUCCAAAGAAAGCACUCACGGAAAUGUCCGUCCGCGGGCUGAACUUGUUCCGCUACGCAACGGUCAAUGAUGGUAUGUAUCAGUGUCUGGAAUGCGUCAAGCAAGGGAUCACGAAAACGUUCAAAAACAAGUACAGCUUCCAGCGACACGCGUUCCUAUACCACGAAGGCAAACAGCGCAAAGUAUUUCCAUGUCUGGUGUGCAACAAAGAAUUUUGCCGCCCAGAUAAAAUGAAGAACCAUUUACGCUUGGUGCACGAGUCGUUCGAAGCGAAGAUGGAAGCUCCAUUACCCAGUCCGAACAUGCUUGCUGGGCAGCAGAUAGUGGUGAGCCCGUUGCAUGUGCAUCCAGCUAAGCCGCAGAUCCAUCAGCAACAUUAUCAUCAUCAGUAUGAAGCAGAAAUUGCAAACCCGAACCAACUGCACGAGGAGCAGUUACGCCGGCGUCAGCAAGAACAGAAUGUGCUAAAGAUUCGCAGCGUUGUGAAUGCAAUCAACCUACGGCAACUGCAGCAACUGCAACACCAUGCUCAGGAGUUACGAAUGCGCCAGACGCUUCAGGAGCAGAAUGCAACAAAACCAGCCAUAGCCGCCAGGCAAGUGGUGGAACCAUCCGUAUCGGUUCCGGCACAGCUUAUGCAUUUGAACGGUAUUGGAAGCCAGUAA